AGAGUGUUCCCCGAGAUGCUAACGGAAGAAGCAAUACGCUGGCAUUUGGCUGUCCAUGAACAACCUCGUUUUCCAUAUCUUGAUUUGAUUAGAAUCAGUAGAGAGAACUGGCAGUGCCUUCAAUGUUGCACAAUCAUCCGAUGUGUGUUUGGUGGUGUUGCACCUAGGUUUAAGCUGUGUGGACGAGUCAGGACUAAGACGGUGAAAAAGGCCGCCCGGGUCAUCAUUGAGAAGUACUACACCAGGCUUGGAAAUGACUUCCACACCAACAAGAGGGUGUGCGAGGAGAUCGCAAUCAUCCCCAGCAAGAAGCUGCGCAACAAGAUAGCUGGGUAUGUGACCCAUCUCAUGAAGCGCAUCCAGAGGGGCCCCGUCAGAGGCAUCUCCAUCAAGCUCCAGGAGGAGGAGAGGGAGAGGAGGGACAACUACGUCCCAGAGGUGUCUGCACUCGACCAGGAGAUAAUCGAGGUCGACCCAGACACCAAGGAGAUGCUCAAGCUACUGGACUUUGGCAGUUUGUCCAACCUGCAAGUCACCCAGCCAACUGUCGGAAUGAACUUCAAGACACCAAGAGGAGUCUAGGCAUUUGUAAUAUCGCUUAAUAAUAAAAUUAAAAAGUACACAAAAA